UUGUAAGCGAACACCAAAAGGACUGGGAUAAGUUCCUUCCAGAAUUUUGCUGGGCAAUGAACACAACUAUCAAUGAAACAACGAAAUUCGCCCCAGCUUUCCUUAAUUAUGGUAGACACCCGAAACCACCGGCCACACUUCGACAAAUAGAAGAAGAACCCCUCCAAAUAACACCAGGGGACCCAAAGAAAUUGGCAAACAGGUUCCACAAACUGAAAGACAUUUAUGACGCAGUGAGCCGAUACAUGAUGGAAUCCAAUCAGCGACAGAAACGCCAUUAUGACCUACGCAGAAGACCUCACGCAUUCAAGGUUGGAAACCUCGUCGUGAAAAAGCAACAUAUCCUAUCGAAUAAGGCGGCACACUUCUCAGCAAAAUUAGCCCCACGCUAUGAGGGACCGUAUAAGAUCGAAACAUUUAUUUCAGAAAAUAUCGUGGAGUUAACGAAAGAAGGAGUACCCCAUAAAACUGUGCGAGCCCAUGUUAGUGAUCUCAAGAAGUAUGAGGCGCGUUCGCCCCUCAUCAAGUAGGGGGGAUGUGACGCGAUCUGAAUCUCCCGCCAGAUCGCGUCUGCUUACGAAGCAGAUAGCGCG